UAAUUACGAAACUAACCCAAAACUUUAGUUAUUUUCAAAGGUAAUGAUUUUUUAAAAACUCAAUCGUUACAAAACCCUCUCUGUAUUGACAAACGUCGCAGCAACCGCCGGCAAAAAAAACCAAACCUUUUCGACGGAAGAAUGUCUACGGGAGAGGGAGCUCAGAUAGAGAUAGGAACUAGAAAGAGGAGAGUGGGCGCAAAGAAGGGUGGGAAGAAGAAAAAGUUCAAGACUUUACCUCCUCCUUCCUCCUCCUCUAACAGGUUCAAGCCUACAAAGAAGGACCAGAAGCUCUUCCAGAAGAGAAGGCGAGGCUACAACUCCGACGAAGACGAAGAAGAAGAAGAUGAUGAGUCCAAGAAGCAGCCAGAGGUAACCAUCCGUGAAAAGAUAUUCACUGAUGCUAACAUGGGUCCCAACUACGACGAGGUUGAAGAGGAAGAAGAUGGGGAGGACAAGGACGAGGAGGGUUCCGAUGGGGAGGAUCACGGGGAGAUUCAGUCUGGGAUCACCAGGUUUGGUGAUGAGGAUGGAUGCAAUGCGUUCAAGAUGGCUUUUAAAUCUAUUAUGAAGAGUAAAGGAGACGAUGCAUUGGGUCCUGUUUUGUCAGCGCAUAAGAAUCUUAUAGCUCAGAAGUUAGCUGAUGAGGAAGCUGAGAAGAAGGCUAAGGGUCAAGCUAGAAAGGCAAAACAUUUGGUUGCUGAGAAAGGACAUGUUAAACCUGCAAACCAUUUGGAAUCCCAUGAGAAGAUUCUUAUAGGUGUUGCCACCAAAGGAGUGGUGAAGCUUUUUAAUGCUGUAAACAAGGCUCAACAUGCUCAGAAGGGUUUGAAUGCUUCAAGGUCAAAAGACUCUAAAGUGUUAAAGAAGAGAAGAAAAGAAGCAUUCUUCUCUGAGUUAGGAAAAACGAGAACAGACUCCAAGACUCAAAAAGCUUCAAAUUCCAAUGAAGACGAAGCUCCUGCUUGGGCUCCUCUACGUGAUAAUUACAUGUUAGCAAACCCAAAGCUUAAGGACUGGGACAAAAAACAGGAAACAAGUGAAGGAGAUGAUUUCGCCGCAAUGUCAGGAGAUGAGAGUUAUGAAGACUAAAGCUAACCAUUAGUUUGUAGUAUGACCAGAGCUUUUGUUUGAUCAGUAUGAAUGAAUUCAAUUAUUUUGAUAGUGCA